GUCUAGGUAGUGUUUCCGGCGGCUGCUGCCGGCCCCGAAAGUGGUCUUGUGGGCAGUGAUGCCGUUGGUGGUGCUGUGCGGGCUGCCGGACAGCGGCCGAAGCCGGCGCGCCGACGAGCUCCGGAGGGCGCUGGAGGCCGAGGGUCGCCCCGUGACGGUCGUGCGCGAUGCCGACGUGCUCGGGCCCGGCGGGCCGGCGGCGCUGUGUGAGGCCUACUCCGACCCGACCCGCGAGAAGGCGCUGCGCGCGGCCCUCAAGGCCUCGGUGGAGCGCGGCCUGGGCCCCCGGUCUGUCGUCCUCCUCGACUCGCUCAACUACAUCAAAGGCUUCCGCUACGAGCUCUACUGCCUGGCCCGGGCGGCGCGCACCCCGCUCUGCCUGCUCUACUGCCUGAAGCCCCGGCCGCGGGCGCCGGGCCGCCAGGAGGACUGCCGACCCCAGGCCGAGGCCGCAACCGGCAGCUGGAGGCCGAAGCCUCCGGAGGAGGGCUCCGAGGAAGGCCCAGGAUCUCCGGCCUCAAGGCUCCAGGGAACCCCGAGUUCGAAGGCACUCUGCCCAGAAGAGAGCGGGGCCCUUGGGGUCGUGGGGCCCGGGGCGGCUGAGGAUUCGGGGCUUGAGCCGGCCAGGAAGCCGGGGUCUCCCGAACCUGGGAGCCCUGAGCCGGGGCCAGACCUCGGCUUUCCCCCGGAGCUCUUAGAGGCCUUGGCCCAGCGAUUUGAGGCCCCAGACUCCAGGAAUCGAUGGGACCGGCCCCUCUUCACGGUGCUGGGCCCUGAGGAGCCCCUGCCCCUGGCCCAGAUGUGGGCAGCCCUCUUUGAGAGCCAAGUGCCUGCCCCCCACCAGGCCACCCAGUCACAGCCUCUGUCCUCCACCAAUUUCUUGCACCAGCUGGAUCAGGUCACCAGUCAGGUCUUGGCGGCCCUGAUGGAGGCUCAGAAAACUGCCCUCCCAGGGGACUUGUUGGCCUUGCCUGGGACCACCGAGAGGCUGCUGUUCACUCGCCCCCUCUCUAUGGCUGAGCUCAGCCGCCUCAGGCGCCAGUUCAUCUCAUACACCAAGAUGCACCCCAACAAGGAGAACCUGCCCCAGCUGGCCAACAUGUUCUUGCAGUACCUGGGCCAGAGCCUCCACUGAGGGGGAGGGGGCCCAGGGAGGCAGGAUCGAAAAGCCUUCAGCUGCCUCCUGUUCCUCUGGCCUUCCCUCCCAGCAUCGAGUGGUAUAAGACUGUUAGGAGAUGCUGAGAGUUUUAAUUAACCCAACUUCAGACUGUGGCCAGUUUGGGCUUAGUGACAGUGGUGCUUGAAUACGUGUUUCUUCAGAGAACAGACCUAAAGGUCUGUAUGGAUGACCUCCGGUGAUACAUUUGUAUUCUUUUUAGGAGUAGUGAAAUUUUUGGACACUGACCUUCCCUUCUCAGUCUGGAGGCGACUAGAGAGAAGACUCAAAAUGGACAAGAACCUAUUUUUAAAAACCAGCAGAAUUCUGUUUUUCUGUUGAUG